UGUCCCAGCCUUGUAGGAAGAGCAAAGGGUCUUGCCAGUAUGAGUCCGAGUCCCUGAAGAUCUCUGGAAGAAUGGGCUUCUGGGAAGUGGAAGGGCAAGGACCCCUUCCUUCUCAGAGACCUGAAUGAACCACAGGAAUGGAGGAAAUGAAGUGGAGACCUCCUGAAUGGAUUCGUGGCUCCAGGGAUCAAGGUUCCUGCCAUUCCCCCUGGGACUCCCAGUUGACUCCUGCCCCUUUGUGACAGUGGGAUGGUAUUAUGCCUUUUCUAAUCCCCCACGCAGCGUUCAGUGGAGGCUGGAGUUUGGAGUUUGACCGGCAACAUCUCGGGAGCGCGGAAGCAAUAGUGGCCAGAGCUUUCUACUUCCUCAGUCCCUCAAGGCUGGAAGGAGAGGAGAGCCUGCUUCCAGAUCUCCCCUUCUCUUGUCCAUCUCCUUGCUCUCCUCAGCCUUUCUGGGGAACUAUUGCCUUACCAGUCAGAUCAGCUCACAGGACCUCUGUAAGAUAGAUGCAACUGUGCAGGACAAGCGAAAGACAGCAGCCAUGGAGACGAUUCGAAGCAGCUCCCUGCCUUCCCACCAUGAUGACCUGGAAGCCUUUCCAAACGAGAUGCUGGAGACUGUGGACAUUGUGGUUCUCAUCCUCUAUUUUGUGUUUGUCCUAGCUGUGGGACUUUGGUCUAUGUGGAAGACCAAGAGAGACACUGUCCAAGGAUACUUCCUGGCUGGAGGGAACAUGAUAUGGUGGCCGGUGGGAGCUUCUCUCUUUGCCAGUAACAUAGGAAGUGGGCAUUUCAUUGGCCUGGCUGGAUCAGGAGCAGCUGUGGGGAUUUCCGUAACAGCUUAUGAGUUUAAUGGGAUCUUUUCUGUGCUGAUGCUGGGCUGGAUUUUCCUUCCUAUCUACAUUGCUGGAGGGGUCACCACCAUGCCGGAAUACUUACAAAAGAGAUUUGGAGGCAAACGGAUUUCCUUGUUCUUGGCUAUUCUCUAUUUGUUCAUCUACAUUUUCACCAAAAUCUCGGUGGACAUGUAUGCGGGAGCCAUCUUUAUCCAGCAAUCCUUACAUCUGAAUUUGUACCUUGCAGUGGUGGGACUGUUGGCGAUUACAGCUGUGUAUACAGUGGCAGGUGGCCUGGCAGCCGUGAUCUACACAGAUGCUCUGCAGACUAUCAUCAUGCUGGGAGGAGCAUUCACUUUAAUGGGAUACAGUUUUGCUGCAGUUGGUGGGAUGGAAGGGCUGAAGAACAAAUACUUUACAGCCGUGGCCAGCAACCAGAGUGCCAACAACAGCUGUGGGUUGCCUAGAGAUGAUGCUUUCCAUAUUUUCCGAGACCCUGUCAAUUCUGAUCUUCCCUGGCCAGGGAUCCUCCUUGGAAUGCCAGUUCCUUCACUUUGGUACUGGUGUACUGAUCAGGUCAUCGUCCAACGGUCUCUCGCUGCCAAAAACCUUUCCCAUGCCAAAGGGGGCUCGCUGAUGGCUGCGUACCUGAAGAUGUUGCCUCUCUUCCUGAUGGUGAUGCCUGGCAUGGUUAGCCGAGUCCUCUUCCCAGAUUUGGUUGCCUGUGCUACCCCUGAGAUGUGCCAGAGAGUCUGCGGCAACUCCGCUGGAUGCUCUGAUAUCGCAUACCCCAAACUUGUUCUGGAGCUCCUGCCCAUAGGGCUCCGGGGACUGAUGAUGUCCGUGAUGGUGGCUGCACUGAUGUCCUCCCUCACCUCCAUCUUUAAUAGUUCCAGUACCAUCUUCACCAUGGAUCUCUGGCUCCAUUUUCGGCCCAAAUCUUCUGAAUGGGAACUCAUGAUUGUAGGCAGAGUGUUUGUGCUGAUGCUGGUCGUGGUGUCCAUCCUCUGGAUCCCGUUGGUGCAGGCGAGCCAAGGUGGUCAACUCUUCGUUUAUAUCCAGUCCAUCAGCUCUUACCUGCAGCCUCCAGUGGCCAUUGUUUUCACCAUGGGCUGUUUCUGGAAGCGAACAAAUGAAAAGGGGGCCUUCUGGGGUCUGCUGGUUGGCCUGUUCAUAGGAAUGAUCCGGCUGGUACUGGAUUUCAUCUAUGUGCAGCCUCAAUGUGACCAGGUCGAUGAGCGCCCAGAUGUGGUGAAGUACGUUCACUACCUCUACUUCUCCAUGAUCCUGUCUGUCGUCACACUGGUCACCGUGGUCACCGUGAGUUGGUUCACAGAGCCACCUUCUAAAGAGAUGAUCACUCGUUUGACCUGGUUCACUCGCCAUGACCCCUUGAUCCAGGAGGAACAGGUAUUAGCAGACCCUUUCCCUCCGAGCUUCUCCAAGAACAUGACCCCAGAAGGCAGCAGCGCCAGUGCCCGCUUUGAGAUCACCCAGGAUACGCCUUCUAAACUUCAAAGCAGCAACACUACCGAAAAAUCAUCCAAAGUGAAGAAAGCCAUCAUUUGGCUUUGUGGAAUGGAUUCUGAGGCUAGUGAGACAUCUAUGAAGAAACCCGAACCUAUUGUGACUUCUUUAGAAGAAAACUCUCUUGUCAAAAGGAUUCUGAAUAUCAACCUGAUCAUCUGUAUUAGUGUGGCCAUUUUUCUCUGGGGCUACUUUGCCUAAUGAUGGUAUUGGGGGUGGGGUGGGAUGGGUUUCAAGGUUUUACUCUUCCUGAUUUUUUUAUUUCAUGAAAACAGUGGUUGGUGGUUUUUUUGUUUUGUUUUUAAAAACCAUUAUGGUGUUGGUGUUUUCUAAACCUUUAACACAAAUGACUUUUAGGUCUGAAUUUUUGUGAGAGAGAUGAAAAAAUAUGAGAAAGGCAA